CUUUCACCAUUUCAUUGACAGGUUGAUAGGCUGCUGAGGUUUCAGAUAUCUGAUUUUAAUGAUAUUGUGAAAUUAUGUCUUUAUAUUAGAAAUUCUCAUUUGUGAAAUAUUAACUAGGUAGUGUGAAUACAUUAACACCAUGUUUCUAGAGAGCUUUAAACUGAUAAAGAGGCAUACGGUUCACCCGUCAUCCUCAACAGCAGAUCAGCUGACCAAAGAUGCUGCGAAGAAAGCUUACGGGUCGUGGUGUACUCCUGAUACAAGCCCCACACACACUGCAUUGACUAAAACUAACUCUAAUGUUGAGAAGAAACCUCACAUUCAAGAUGAGGCACAGCAGAAUACCUCGAAAGGAUUAGUUUUCCAGUUGCAUAAAGUACGCCUGUUCCCACCCAGUCCGUCAUCUUCGUGCAAAGCACUAAGUAAAAUUAAAGAAAUAGACACAGAACUUCAAGAUCUUAAAGAAACAAAGUCGAGGGAAUUCUCUAUUAGGAGAUCAACCCCUAUUAAAGAGAAGAAAUUACCAGAGAUAGAAACACCACAGAGUCCUGUACCGUCGUCUCCAUGUAGAGAAAAAAAAUGCAAGUGCUACUUUCAUCUGCCCGCUUUCUGUGACCCAUUCACUCCCGUCGAUCCACAAGGACGCGGCUACAUAAGCUGGCUACUCCUAGUCACGUUUUGCUACAGCUACAAUGCAUGGUGUAUUGUACUCCGUGCUACAUUCCCAUACCAAACCCCAAAGAAUACUCCAUAUUGGAUGGUCGCUGACUACUUGUGCGAUCUUGUAUACCUACUAGAUGUGGCAUUGGUGAAACCAAGACUCAUGUUCUUACACGAGGGCUUCUGGGUAAACGAUUCAGGCGAGACGAGAAGGAAUUACAGGAAGAAGCUGCAAUACAAAUUCGAUGUGGUGUCUCUCCUUCCACUAGAUUUAUUGUACAUCUACUUCGGAACACAUAAGGUUAUCCUUCGAUUCCCAAGGAUGUUGAAGCUACAGACGUUCUGGGAGUUCCACCAAGCUAUGGACAGAGUGCUUUCUUCUCCUUACGUGGUUAGGAUCGGUAAGACGUUGUUCUACAUCUUCUAUCUGAUCCAUCUGAACGCCUGUGCUUAUUACGCGAUGAGUGACUACAUAGGACUGGGAUCUAAUGGAUGGGUUUACGAUGAUGAUGGCAACGCGUAUAUCCGCUGCUUUUACUUCGCGACUAAGACAGCCACGUCGAUAGGCAAGAACCCUAAACCUGAGAACACUAUUGAAUAUCUCUUUAUGACCGCAGCCUGGCUAAUGGGUGUGUUUGUGUUCGCGUUGCUGAUUGGACAAAUAAGGGACAUUAUUGCUACGGCCACUAGAGCUAGGGCUGAAUAUCGUAAGUCAGUGGACGGAUGUGUUCGGUAUCUACGUAGACUCAACAUGCCGGCCCCGUUGCAGCGACGGGUGACCUGCUGGUUCAACUACACAUGGAGUCAGCAGAGGUGUUUCGAUGAGUCCAGGAUAUUGAACUCGCUCCCCUACAAUAUGAAACGAGACGUGGCACUAGCUGUUCACAUGUCGACAUUGAGUAAGGUGCAGCUGUUCCGCGACUGCUCGUCGUCUCUGCUGCGAGACCUGGUGCUGCAGCUGAGACCGGUGUCGUUCCUCCCAGCAGACGUGGUGGUCCGCCGCGGUGACGUGGGGCACCACAUGUACAUCAUCAAGUCCGGGGAAUGCUUCGUAAUGUCUGUAGAUGAAAGCGAAGUCCUGGCUACUCUGAGGGAGGGAUCGGUCUUCGGCGAGAUCAGUUUACUUGGCAUCGAUGGACUGCGACGAAGAACCGCUACUGUCAGAUCCCGCGGCUACUCAAACCUAUUCGCGCUAUCCCGUAACGACCUGAACGCGGCACUGCGUCACCACAAGGAGGCGGCACAAGUGCUGCGGCUGCGUGCAGACCAGAUAAUCAGGGAGAACGCGGCGCGGCAGACCAAGCAGCGGCUGGCGGCGGCGGCGGCGCGGCGGCGCUCGGGCGGCGGCCGCUCCGAGGGCCGGCGCCGCCCGUCCGCCCCCCGCGACCGCAGCCGCCGCCCGCGCUCCGCCGCGCCCCACAGACGACUCUCCGCGGUCUCCGAGGACAAGGCGACAUUUAUAAUUACUUUAUAA